AGCGGAUCUCCUCCCAACUAGAACGGCGUUCCGCCUCGAAAUCUUUUAACGGAACGCCGCUCCGGACCGUUCCGGCUUACUUUCACCUCUGACUACUACUCAAAUUGGCACGACCCUCAAGUCCCGUGGGAGUUUCCCCUCUCAGAGGGUGACGUAACAUCUUCGGGGAUUUCCGCUCUUGGAAGCAGCCAAUCAUAGCGGUUUAAGUCCCACCAAGCAAAAGCAAACUUCCACUCGUGUCAUCAUUCCACUUAUGGGUUCAAGACGUUUGGUGUCUAACAUCGACAGUCCAACUCACCGUACGGACGGAGUCUUACUGCGGCAAUCUCGCUCGAAGAAGUCAGAUUCCUCACAUGCCAUGAAAGAUACGGAUUAUUUCAACGGGGCCUCCGCGGAGGAGCCAUCACCCAAUCCUGGUAACCCCGCUGUCCUGAGCGGCUCUCACAGCCACUUUCCCCCCUCCAGCCGGGAUUUAGUAGAUCUCAUUGAAGAAUACAUCAAGGAGCAUAAAGAAACACAGAGGGACUCCCUUCCUGGUCCACCUCCUCCUCCUCAGGACCUCCACAGCCAGACCGUCCCCAGCCAGAGCCCCAGGAGCGUUCGGCAAAGCGCCAGAUCUAAUCCUGUUCUGGUGGCGAGAGGCGCCACGUGCAAGCCAAACAUCCACCAGCUGCAGAUGACAGCAGAUCCGUCCAGAGAGAUGACAUCCCCUCGUUCUUCGCGGGUCACCUCGCCGCCGUAUCCGAGCGCCACCUCCUCCCAGAACACGAGCGGCACCGACUUGCUGGAGCAGAUACUAGAAAAGCCCAGGCUGGUGGUGGUGGAGGAGCCCAAAGACAGAGGGAUGCGCUUUCGCUACGAGUGUGAGGGUCGCUCGGCUGGCAGCAUCCUGGGGGCGUCCAGCACCGAUAAUCACAAAACUCAGCCCGCCAUCGAGAUUCAAGGUCCCAUCGAUCGUUUAAAGAGGGUCACUGUCACUGUUUCCUUGGUGACCAAGGAUCUCCCACACCGACCUCACCCCCACUGCCUCGUGGGUAAAGACUGCCCACCCGGAUCAGGGAUUUGUGUGGUUUCUUUCAAUCCUCACAACAACCGGUGUCACAGCUUCGCCAACCUGGGCAUCCAGUGCGUAAGGAGAAAAGAGCUGGAGGUUUCGCUUCAGAAGAGGCGAAACCAGAACAUUGACCCGUUUCAAACCGGUCACUCCAAGGGCAUCGAGGACAUGGACAUGAACGUGGUGCGCCUGUGUUUCCAGUGCAGCUUGGAGUUGGACGAUGGCAGGAAAGACAUGCUCAGCCCUGUUGUUUCCAAACCCAUUUAUGACAAGAAGGCUACAACUACGUCAGAACUGAGGAUCUGCCACCUGAACCAGUACAGAGGCUCCUGUAGAGGCAAGACGGAGAUCUACAUGCUGUGUGACAAAGUACAGAAAGACGACAUUGAGAUCAUCUUCCGGCAGGGGUCGUGGAAGGCGAGCGGCGAGUUCGCACAGACAGACGUACACCGCCAAAUCGCCAUCGUCUUUAAGACUCCGCCCUACCAAGACCAAGACAUCACAGGGGAGGUGGAAGUUCAGCUUUCGCUGCGCCGCGUCUCAGACCAGAUGGAGAGCGAGCCGGUCACCUUCGUGUACUUUCCUCACAACCAGGAUCCGUAUGAAGUGAAGCGGAAGAGAGCCACUAUCAAAAGAGACAUCGGUUUCUCAGAGAGACCUUGUGGAACAGAGAGCGCAGCGCCACCGGAGGAGGCCGUCUGCACCCUCCUUGACAAUCACAGCGUGCUGUUGCCGGAGGUGCCGUGUGGGGUGGACGGCUCCUACAGUGAGACCCAGAACUCCAGUAGCAUCUUGGAUGAAACAACCCUCAUUAAUCAGCUGCUAGACAUGCCCGAAAUAUCUCAAGCGCUGUCCGAUCCGGACUUCUUGUCAACCCUACCUUGUGUUUUCGAUCCUGGACUCGAUACCAUCUCUGCCACCAUGAAUCACAACUUCAACCCGGGCUUUGGCCCGUACCCACAGGACUUUGCCCACUUCAACGACAUGCAGUUCAACAUGCUGGUCAACGAGAGCCAGAACUCUCAGGUGGAGGCGCAGGACAGUUCGGUGCAGGUGAAGAUGGAGGAGGACCUAUGACGGCGGGACUUCAGGGCUCAUGUCAGAUCUAUAUAAAUGCAAAACGGUUCUUUUGCCCACCUGCCCUCCACUCACGGGUUCUGGUCGCCUUCGAUUGACUGAGUGGUUUCCCCAAAGCCUUGCUGGCCAAGGCUCCAGCCACCGGGAGCAGCUUAACAUUCCUGAAGGUUUCCUCAUAAAUGCUGCCAGCAUUCAUGUGUAAUCCUGCUGUUGGCUUCAGCGUUGACUCACCGACUGCUGAAACGAACAGAAAGAAAUCCUCUGCCAUGCUGUAAAUGAUUGUUGCCCGUUUAAGCGGUGUGUUUGUGCCGGUGGGAAAGAAGAUAUCAUUAGAAUGGAAAAAAAAAAGUCAUAAAACGCUCCCGGCCAUUGCUUCACAUAGUGGGCUGAUUGUGCUCUUCUGAUAACUGUCUCAGCUUUUUAAUAUUUAAUCCACCUGCGUAUCAUAGAAAGCAUUCCUCCUGUGAGUUCUUUGUUCUGUGGUUUUCCCCGUCUGCUGGUCACAUGCCUUCUUGUAAUGUCAAUAUGUCAAAACCAACAAUAAAACUUUUAAGUGACUGUGUUUUCAAGAA